AUGGAGGGUGAAUUUAAGAAACUACUGUCGAGGAAUGAUGAAUUGAGUAAGCAGGAGGCUACCUUAAAGAAAGAGUAUUCUACUUUACUGCGAAAAAUCUCGAGUUUGGCCUGUGUACUGGGGAAAACAGAAGCGGAAGUUGAGACAGAUGAGCCAAGACUAAUAUCGGAAGCUGCUGUGGCAAGAGCACCUGCUUUACAAUGGUACAAUGAACAGAUAUCGCUGAUUCAGUCAUUAUCGCAGGAGGAUGGAAAUGUUCCUAUCCCACCUGAAUUAGCGGAAUCGUAUAAGCUAUCGAGGGAUACUCCUUUGUUACAUAGAGACUUACAUUAG